AGUCUCACUUGUGAGAAGACCCCAUAACGUGCAGGAGGCAGCGAAGCAACAGCGGGGAAAGGGGGGGAAAAGGCGAGACGUCUGGAAAAUAUUAGCCGCGGCAGCGCUCCGCUGACCCGGCGCUCGAGCUGCGAGGCAUCCCCCAAAGCGCCGCGCUAUUGAUGCUGCCCAUCUCGCCACGCUCCGCGCCUGCCCCGCGACGGCUCGGGGCUCCCGGCCACUCGCCUUGCCAAGCGCCUCCGAGCGCUGCUUCGUUCGACGCGACUUCUCCGAAGCCGGGAGGGCAGCGUUUGCGCGAGAAGCCGAAGCGGAGCCGGGGCAAGGGGGGCGGGGAGGCCGGCACGUGGGGGAGAGGGGGGCGAGCGAGCCAGUUCGAAUGAUUAUUGGCCUUUCUCCGGGACGCCAAGUCCUUGAUCGAUUACCUCAAUAUCGGGAGCUGUCCCGCGGGAGCUGCGCGCCACCAGACCACCCAGCGAGCCGAGCGCCCUUUAUGAGCAAAGGACAAACAAGAUGUAUUGUGAGAGAUUUAUAUGUAUCCUGAGAAUACUUGGAACCACGCUCUUUGGGGUCUCCCUCCUGCUCGGAAUCACAGCUGCUUACAUUGUUGGCUACCAGUUUAUCCAAACAGACAAUUACUAUUUCUCUUUUGGACUCUAUGGUGCUAUUUUGGCAUCACAUCUCAUCAUCCAAAGCCUAUUUGCCUUUUUAGAACACAGGAAAAUGAAAAGAUCACUUGAGACUCCAAUAAAGUUGAACAAAACAGUUGCCCUUUGUAUUGCUGCCUAUCAAGAGGAUCCUGACUACUUAAGAAAAUGUUUACUUUCAGUGAAAAGAUUGACCUACCCUGGAAUUAAAGUUAUCAUGGUCAUUGAUGGGAAUUCCGAAGAUGACCUAUACAUGAUGGACAUUUUUAGUGAAAUCAUGGGCAGGGACAAAUCUGUCAAUUACAUAUGGAGGAAUAACUUUCACGAGAAGGGUCCAGGUGAGACAGAGGAGUCACAUAAAGAGAGUAUCCAACAUGUAACUCAACUGGUCCUAUCCAACAAAAGUAUUUGCAUCAUGCAGAAAUGGGGUGGAAAAAGAGAAGUAAUGUACACAGCAUUCAAAGCACUGGGAAGAAGUGUGGAUUAUGUACAGGUUUGUGAUUCAGAUACAAUGCUUGAUCCAGCCUCGUCGGUGGAGAUGGUAAAGGUUUUAGAAGAAGAUCCAAUGGUUGGCGGAGUUGGGGGUGAUGUACAGAUUUUGAACAAGUAUGAUUCCUGGAUCUCCUUUCUCAGCAGCGUGAGAUACUGGAUGGCAUUUAAUAUAGAAAGAGCCUGCCAGUCCUACUUUGGCUGUGUACAGUGCAUCAGUGGACCUUUGGGAAUGUACAGGAACUCCUUACUGCAUGAAUUUGUGGAAGAUUGGUACAAUCAAGAAUUUAUGGGCUCCCAGUGUAGUUUUGGAGAUGACAGACAUCUUACUAACCGAGUACUGAGUCUGGGUUAUGCAACAAAGUAUACAGCUAGAUCCAAGUGCCUUACUGAAACACCUAUAGAAUACCUAAGGUGGUUGAAUCAGCAGACCCGUUGGAGUAAAUCAUACUUUAGAGAGUGGCUUUAUAAUGCAAUGUGGUUCCACAAGCAUCAUUUGUGGAUGACUUAUGAAGCUGUAAUCACUGGAUUCUUUCCUUUCUUCCUCAUUGCCACAGUCAUUCAGCUUUUCUACCGGGGGAAAAUCUGGAACAUCCUCCUUUUCUUGUUGACAGUUCAGUUAGUGGGCCUUGUAAAGUCUUCCUUUGCCAGCUGCCUUAGGGGGAACAUUGUCAUGGUGUUCAUGUCGCUCUACUCAGUAUUGUACAUGUCAAGUUUACUUCCAGCGAAGAUGUUUGCAAUAGCCACAAUAAACAAAGCAGGAUGGGGCACAUCAGGAAGAAAAACCAUUGUCGUCAAUUUCAUUGGACUUAUUCCAGUAUCUGUUUGGUUUACAAUCCUUCUAGGCGGUGUGAUUUUCACUAUAUACAAGGAAUCAAAAAAGCCAUUUUCAGAUUCAAAACAGACAGUUCUCAUCAUUGGUACAGUACUCUAUGGAUGCUACUGGGUUAUGCUUUUGACUUUGUAUGUGGUUCUUAUCACCAAAUGUGGCAGGCGGAAGAAAGAGCAACAGUACGAUAUGGUGCUUGAUGUAUGAUGUUUCUGCAGAAUGUUACACAGAAAAUUUUAAAGCAACCCAACAACUUGAUAGUAUUUGUUGCAUCGAAUUAUUGUCACCAUGAGAAAUGGAUCACUGCUGCUGAGACUUGAAACAUUCGUGUUUCUAUGGGCUCAUUUACCUCCUGCCAAAGGAAAAAAACCACCAUUUUUUCUGAGGGGGGAAGGGAAAGAUUCAACCUGUUCACAGGAAAAUGGGAGGAUUUCUUUGUGCACUUUUUUCUAUUGUGCAUAUGCCUGACAGUGUUACGUUCUAUAUACCUCACUAGUCAUGCUUAUGUGGGUGGACAGGAAGGAAAGGAGUUUAGUGAAUCAAACAAAGGAUCUUGCAACCUAAUUUAUGAACUUUUUUAUAGUUUUGUUUUAUAGGAAGGGUCUUUUUGUUAGGCUGCCAAAUGUAAUUCCAAAGAGGCCAUUGGCUGAGCUGUAUUUUUAUAUUGUCUUAUUUGUGUAUAUUUUUACACAACUUUUUUUUUAAAUUUUGCAUAUUUUAUAUAUUACUUAUCUGCCAAAAAACACCUCCAACACUUUGCUCUCUAUCCUUUUAAAUACACUUUGAAAGAAUUCACACUCCCUCCCCACAAAAAGCUGCCCACAAUGUGAAAACUUGUUAAUAUUGAUAUUGUUCACAAAAAUAAUAAAGUGUCUCUCUACAUUUUUUAAAAUUGCUGAAUGGUUAUUUCUGUGAAAAGUAUUUAAACUGUUCUCUUGAACUUUUGACUUAAAUUGUAUUUGAAAAGGCCAACAUUGUUGUCAGUUUUUUAAUACAAACAUAUUUGUAUGCACCAAAAGGCCAAAGGGUACAUAUGUGCAAUUUUAUGGGAAGACAUAAGUGGGCACCCUUAUUCUCUUAAGAGAACACUACUCUCUGCAUACUGCCUUCGGUAUAAAACUGUUCUUGAUACAAUUGAAAUUAAUGGUGAAACUCCCAUUGGUUUGGACUGCAGAAGGAUUUGACUUACAGGUUUGGAUCUUAGGAAUCACUGAGCACCCACAACUACCACGAACAUUUGUAGAUGCUCAGCGCUGCUUAGGAUCAGCCAGAGAAUGCACAUUUUCUAGGAUAAAAAGUAUAUGCAUUGAAUGCCAAAAUGGCCAAAAAUGUCAAAAUCUGGGUGCCUAAAAUAAGACUUGUACACUGACAUCCAUAUAUCUUUCUUUUAAAGGCCAGAAGAAACCACCAGAUCAUCUACUCUGACUUCCUGUAUAGCACAAUCCGUACAAUUUCAUUCAGUUAGUUACCCCUGUUCUGACCCCAAUGACAUGUGUCAGAUUAGUGCAUAUUUUCCAGAAAGAUCUCUGGUCUACAUUUCAAGAGAUGGAGAAUCUCUGACCUAAAUAUAAUUUUAGGACACUGGAUUUCAAAGCUUUGGAAAAGUAAUUUUUAGAACUAAAUUCUACCAUCCUGAACCAGGACUGUAGCCAAAUGAAUGCAGCAUUGAGCCUUAAUGUACUAUAUAAAGAAUGAUAGAACAUUGGCUGCAUACAAAUAUAUGUCCUUUUGGAUUCUGGCAUAAAAAGGACUGUGGUAAAGCAGAAACCAUCAUGUGAUAUUUUUGCAACCUCGUAGCAUUUUCACCUUUCUAUGCAGAUGUGAAUAUUUUCUGCUGUAGAAUGAAUGGCGCGCGCACACAGCCUUAUUUGUCUGAUGUUAAGGUACAUGGUUCCUUGAAUGUCAUACUAAUAUGUUCAUGAUUGAAGAGUUGAUCUUUGUUGGUUACAAAAUAGAACAAGCAGUAUUAAAAACAAGCAAAAGAAACAUUUUAAAAAAACUUGAGUUUGCCUUUUAACUAUUUAUGUUGUAAGUUAAAGCUUGAGUAACAUUCAAAUGUCAAAUAAAUCCUCUCAUUCUAUAAGA